UUCCUCUUCUCUCCCAAAAGGAAACCGCAAAAGGAGGAAAUUUUUUGUGUCCAUCUCAUCCUGGUCCUCGGCAACUCGCCCGCGAGCAGGAGGAGACCUGCCAUGGUGUCGAUUUUGGGCGGGAAGAAGCAUCGGGAUCGCCGUCUUCUCCUCUGAUCGGCCUCACGCGUCAGUUGAGUUGAGGAGCUAAGAUUUCGAAGCCGCCAUGUUUGGGUCCAGGGUCCAGGAUGAGGUUGAGAUGCAGAGGAGGGUUACCAACAGGAUCUUUCCUGAUGAGAGACAGGACCAGUUUAAGCUACCGUUUCAAGCUACACGGGCUGACAGAUUUGGUGCAAACAGGAUAGAUGCAAAGACUACCGAGAAGAUUAAAGUGCUAAACGAAGGAAACAAACCAUGGCACCGUCGCAUUCUAGAUCCUGGAAGUAGCAUGGUGUUAAUGUGGAACAGAUUGUUCCUAGGGUCCUGUUUGUUUGCUCUUUUUAUUGAUCCUUUCUUCUACUACCUGCCUCUAGUUGAUAGACUAGAUGAUACCAAAAGUUCAUGCAUCGCCAAGGACCAGCGUUUGAGCAUAACUAUCACUAUUCUUAGGACAUUUGCUGACUUGUUUUACAUGCUGAACAUCAUGGUCAAGUUCCGUACUGCAUAUGUAGAUCCAAAGUCCAGGGUCCUUGGGAAGGGAGAGCUUGUGUUGGACUUAAAGAAAAUUCAACAAAGAUAUCUCAGGAGGGCUUUCUUUAUUGACCUACUUGCAACGAUCCCUCUUCCUCAGGUCACUGUGGGGAUUAUCAUGCCUUCAAUGAAAAACUCAGAUUACAACAUCCGGAACACCGUAUUUGCUGUGGUUAUUAUGAUUCAGUAUAUAUUGAGAAUGGUCCUCAUUGUACCAUUAAGCAAUCGAAUUAUAAAAGCAGCUGGAGUAGUUGCGAAGUCAGCCUGGUUAGGAGCAGCAUACAAUCUUCUGUACUACAUGCUUGCAAGUCAUAUUACUGGAGCAAUAUACUAUCUUCUCUCCAUUGAACGGCAAAUUACAUGUUGGAAUCAGCAAUGCCUAAAUGAGUCACCUUCUUGUAGAUUUGACUUCAUAAGCUGCGACAAUACUGACUCUAGCAGUUAUGCUGUUUGGAGAAAUAAUACGAGUAUAUUUGAAAAUUGUGAUCCCAAUCGUGAUGCAAGUGCUAACCCUCCACCAUUUAGUUAUGGAAUGUUUGGAACCGCACUGGGUAAAGGCGCUGUCUCAGCUCCAUUUCUUGAGAAGUACUUCUUUUGUCUGUGGUGGGGCUUGCUUCAGCUUAGUUCUAGUGGAAAUCCUCUUCAGACAAGUGCAUUCAUCGCAGAGAACACAUUUGCAAUAGCAAUUGGUGCUCUUAGUCUCAUACUCUUUGCUCAGCUGAUUGGCAAUAUGCAGACAUACCUGCAGUCCAUCAGUAAAAGGCUUGAAGAGUGGAGGCUGCGGCAAAGAGAUAUGGAAGAGUGGAUGAGACACCAUCAGCUCCCUGAUGAACUUCAAGAUCGUGUCCGGCGAUUUGUUCAGGUUAAAUGGCUUGCAACGCGAGGAGUCGAGGAAGAAUCCAUCUUACAGUCUUUGCCUGCUGACAUACGUCGGGAUGUACAACGUCAUCUUUGUUUGGACCUUGUUCGACGUGUCCCUUUUUUCUCGGAGAUGGAUGCCCAACUUUUAGAUGCCAUCUGCGAGCGACUGGUGUCUUUCCUGUGCCCUGAGCGUACAUACAUCUCUCGUGAGGGUGAUCCUGUGAACGAGAUGCUCUUCAUCAUACGUGGUAAACUGGAGAGCUCCACAACCAACGGAGGCCGCAGCAACUUCUUCAACUCGAUCAUCCUGCGCCCUGGCGACUUCGCUGGUGAGGAGCUGCUCACAUGGGCUUUGCUACCAAAAACCAAUGUCCAUUUCCCGCUUUCCACGAGGACGGUGCGGAGCCUCACAGAGGUGGAGGCCUUCGCCCUGAGAGCCGAGGACCUCAAGUUCGUCGCCAACCAGUUCAGGAGGCUCCACAGCAAGAAGCUCCAGCACACAUUCCGGUUCUACUCCCACCAUUGGCGGACAUGGGCUGCCUGCUUCAUCCAGGCUGCUUGGCGGCAGCACCAGAGGAGGAAGCUUGCAGAGAGCCUGAGCCGGUGGGAGUCAUCAUACUCAUGGUGGUCAGAGGAACAUCCAGCUGCUGACAAGCCUCAACAGGAGGGCCCUUCAAGCAGCAGCACGAAAACCAUUGCUGAGAGUGCCAUUGCUCAAAUGCACAAGCUUGCCUCCGCUUCCAGAAGGUUCCGCGCCGAUGACACCGCCAUUCGGAGGCUGCAGAAGCCUGAUGAGCCUGACUUCUCUGCAGAUCAUUUCGAUUGAGGGAGGUUAUCUGGUGUUUCCUGCUCUAAACAUAAUGUUGUAAAAACUACAAUAGUAUUAUUCCCUGUGCAUUGCAUUAUAUAUUGUAUCAAUAGCCAAAUACUGAUCCAUGUGUAUCUCAAAGAGGAAACAAAAUUGAUCCUUUUGUAUAACUCUAGUAUACGCAUUUUAGGAG